AAUUCCCCUUUUGUACAGGAAAAUGGCGCUCAACGUGAAGCUCAGUAGUAUUUACGUCUUAAGAAUUUCUCUCUCGUAGGGGAUCUGGGUGAUACAGCUUCGACAAACUACUCCAAACACACUGCGGAGUCUAUAAGUUUAGAUGCUGUAAUGUCCCAAAGAUUUAGGAAUUAAGAGAAAUUUGGCAACAGUUAAAAGGUCAAAAUGAGUAGUAGUACUGCACAGCGAUUUGGCGCCAAGACAUACAGCCGCUCCAAGGAGAGUACUGCAAGUCGUGCCUUUGAUGAAAUAGUCACCACUAAACCUGCUCUGAAAGCUGCCCCUUCACAUACCAAAUGGGGCAAGACCAACUUCAAGGCCUUGAGAGAAAGCCAAAGACUGAAGAUGGAAUCUUCCCAGGCAAAGAAACCUCGUUUGGAGGAAGAACCAAAGGGCCCUGAAGAUCCAUUUAGCUUUGAUACAGAUAUGGAACGAAAGAGAAGUCCCGUUAAGAAGCAAGUUGUUCUAGCAAAGGCAUGUACUGCCCCAAGCUCAAGACUUCCAGGAACUCGACUCCCAGGAACUCGGAUUGCUACACGUGGUGCUGCAAAUGAGCAACCACCCAGUGCCAAUGACAAUCGCAAGAUGAAAGAUGAGAGCAUGGAGGUGAAGGAGGAAGGCGAUUUCAGCUUCAAGUCUGGUGUGACAAUCUCUAAACGGACCUAUACAAGAACACCAUUUGCUAAUCCUGUUGAGACAAAGAAAAAGCUGGUAACAGAAGUAAUUGAGACCAAGCCUGUUGUGAACUUUGGAUUUGGUGAUGAUGAAGAUGAGUACAAGCCUCAAUCCAGUGGGGAUUCUCCACAUUCCAUAAAUGAGGAUGAUAGUGAAGAUAAUGAUGAGGAUGAUGAUGAUGAAGUUAGUUUUAACUUCAAGAUGCCACAGUUCAUGAAGAAAGAAGCACGGAACACAGAAGAGUUAUCUGAUGAUGAUGUGUCAUCUGUGUCCUUCAAGAAACAACCUGUGAGGACAUAUGGAAGCAACAAGCAGACAGGUAACUUGGAAACAUCACAACUCAACACUAAUCAGCCAUCACCUCCAUCUACCACCACUUUGCCAACAGCAAUUACACGAGGUCCUCAUAGUCCCCGACGUGCCUCCCGCUACUCAGAUCCUAAAUUACUGCAGGAAUAUAAACGUAUGUAUGUUGAAAAGACUGGUGGCAAGAACCAAGAUGCCAUUGGCUCUUUUUCCAAUAGCACAGUCAUAUCCAAAGCUCAAGUGAAAGGGCAGAAGGGCACAACACUGAUUGUUGUAUGCAAACCGAAGGGAGUUGAGCAGGAAACCAAGGAAACUGUUCAACAUAAAUAUUUUGGAAAUCCUAGCAAAGCUCUGAGUAAAGCAGACAGACCAAUAAAAAUUGAUGUGAUCACUGAGGGAGAUGAGGAGGAGGAGGAAGAGGACACAUCUGAUGCUGAUGCUGCCAAGACUUCUACAUACCAGUUUGACAAUGACUCCAGUGAAGAAAGUAAUCAGUGGUCAUCUCAGCCCAUAACAUUUAACUCACGGACACAUGCAGCAAGGGCCCACAAUAACAGUGUAUCCACUGUGCAAGUGAGAAAUAAGAUAUAUAGAUCUGCACAUGUAGACUUUUCCUCAUCUUCCUCUUCAGAACCUGUGCCUGCCAGUUCUCAAGACUCCAUUGAGUCUGAACCCUCAUUAGCUCCUACUACAGACAGUAAUAGUAAUAAUGACUUUGACAAUAGAAAAGUGAAAGAGAGAAAGCCCGUAACAUAUAGUUCUAGACGUUCAUAUAGGAUAUUCAAAUCUCGAGCACCACCACCAGAGGUAAAACAGGAAACAAAAGAAGAACUUUCUGAAGAGAAUGAACCGCCAAGUUUGGACAUUGAGCCUCCAACACUAGAGCCUGCCCAGAUCAUUGACUCUCCUCAGGUCUCUCCUCCUUGUCUGUCUGUGGAGCCAGAGGAUGAAGAGAAAGAGGAUGAGGAUGAGAAAUUUGUGCCAAUGGACACCACCCCUAGUAGUAGUCAGGAGUAUAACCUGCCUGACUCUGCAGCUAGUAGAGCAUCUAAUGCUAAGUCAAGUGCUACAAGUGUGUCUGAGGACUUUGACCUCGAGUCAGACUCACAGAGUGUUGUGUCAGAGGAGUCACAUGAUUCUCAGGAUGACAGUCAGGGUUCAGGCAGUCAGCAAUCUCAGGUGCAAGAAACUAGGAGGAUUUUCAAAUCAAAGAACUCUAGAAGUGUUAGGAAAUCGUCUGAUAGUCUGAGGAGGAAAGUUUUGCAAAGCCCGAAGAAGUCUCCAACAAAAGCGGUGUACAAUCCUCGGUCCUGGCAAGGCAGCUUGGAUCAUGGCAACCCAUCAUCAAAGGAGGAAAGCAAGCCACAACCUACAGUAAACGUGAAGGCAUUAAAAGGGUUUGCUGAACCAGAUCCUAAGGCAAAGUCAGCUCCCAAACUGACCAGGGCCGUCCACUGGCCAAGCAGACUUGGGGAUGAGGCCUACACAUCCAUCAGAGUCAACAAGGAACAUCGUCCGCUGUUCACGGUUGUGCGGAAUGUGAAGCAGGCCUUUGAGGUGCAGGAAUCAGGAGAGACACAAGACUUCAUGGAUGAUGUGGAAUAUCUGUUAGAUGGCCUUCAAGACACAGAACCUAUGCCAAUCAGGUGUUUAAGCUGUAUCCAGCUGGCUGGAAAGUGCACUCUACCUGCAUUCCGCAUGCACUUGAGAGCCCAUGGCAUCAUGACCAAGAUCUUCACCAUGCUGCAUGAUGCCAACACAAAUCCUAGUCUGGCACUGAGCACUGCCACAAUGAUGUACAUGCUGAGCAAGGACCGGUUGAACAUGGACCUGGACCAAGAGAGUUUGGAUCUCAUGCUUCGACUCCUGGAGGUGGACUCCGAGAAGAAUGGUGAGGUACAGCUUGGUCAGUCUGAUCUCAAGGAGCUUGAGCGUACCAGGCAGCGUGUGUAUGAACUGUGUGAACAGAUGCAGAAUGUUGGGACCAAGAUGGACUUGGAUACCAUAUCGACCGGUAACUUAGCCAUGGAGUCAUUGCUGAGCCUGACAUCCCGGAAGGCUGGCGAGUGGUUCAAGGAGGAGCUGCGAUCUCAGGGAGCUCUAGAUCAUAUUGUAAAUACAGUCAACACCUGCUCGCAAUAUGUAGGCCAUGAGAUUGUGUCAAAUGACAAGUCGUUGCCAAACUUGAGGAAACUAGAUCGAUGCCUGCGAGUAUUAGAGAAUAUAACUUAUAUGAACACAGAUAACCAAAGCUAUGUGAUCUCCUAUGAGAAUGCACUGCUGAUCACUUCCAUCUGUAGAGUCCUCCAAGCCUGUGAGGACAGCAUGCCCAUGUAUCCUGUGACUGAGGACCCCGAGAAGAACAAGAUGGUGAAAGAGACGCUGGGCUACACAAUCAUCAGCUGUGUCCUCGCCAUCCUGCUGCUCCUCAAUGUCACACAUGACAAUGAGUUUGGGAGUACCAAGGUGGGGGAGCAGGAAGGACUGAUGGAGUGUGUGCUGCUGUGUGUUUUCUCCACUACACAGUAUGCACCUGCCGACCAGAAGUUUGACAUCCUUGUCCUGUGUAUUGGGCUGCUGAUCAACAUGGUGGAGCACUGCCUAUCAAACCGACGCCACCUCAUAGAGAACCAGAUUCCACUCUCCUCAGGAAAAGUGUCUGCUGUCAAGGCCCUUAUCGAGUUGUUCUGUGAGAGAGAAAAGGCAGCACGAGCAAUGGAGGAACAGCAGAAGGAUGAAUCAACGUCCAGUACUGACCAACCGUCCCAUAACACCAGUGGAGAGUGGCAGGAAUCGGAGGCUGGAGUGCAGUGGAUUGUGGCUUCUGCAGAAAAGCUUCGGAAACAGCAAAACAGCGACCCAGAGCCAUCCCAGUCUGAGAGUCAGGAGGAGCCAAGUGUGCUGGAUGAUGAGGAGACUUUCACUCAAGCCUUACACAAAGCUGGCAAACAUAUGGAGAAUAGUAUCAUUGCAUCCUAUGUUGCCCUUCUGAUUGGCUGUCUUAUUCAAGACAACAGGAUGUAUGUGGACAGAGUCAAGGAGUAUUUACCUGAUGGCAGCUUUGAUUCCAUGAUUAAAGUCCUCAAGAAAUUCUUAGGUUUUAUGAAUUUGACUAGUGCUAUUGGAAACACAGGGGGUCAGCCAAUCGCAAGAGUUAUAGAAAUCUUGGAGGCAUGCUGACCUUGACCUCUUCAUUCACAUUUGUAUAUUUAUUCAUUGAUCAGUGUCAUGAGGGUGAAGGUCGUGGGCGAGACAGGAGGAAUCUGUUAUCUUCCUGAAACUAUGUGAGAAAUGAUGAUGAUACAAUGAUGAUGUGGAUAUUUAUAUUGUGAUAAUCAUGAAGCUUCAGUUUCUCCUCUGUUGGUUUAGUCAGUAUUGAUCAUUGAGGGCCACUGUGUAUUUGAAAUGUCUGGGUGUAAUUUAACUAUUUAUUUUGAUCAAUCACUUUUGUUUUCAACUGCACUAUCAGAAGUUCGAGAAAGUGUUUUGGGCAUUUAGAUACUUAUGGACAAGGGUUGAAGCAGUUCCUUGUUCUAUCCUACAACGAUUUGGUAUGCAAUACAAGGUGUGGUGAGACAAACUUUUAGGAGUCAUACCUGUACUGGAAUAUUACGUCAAUGAACAAGAAGCAGCUCAUCUGACCAACAUCUAUUAAUUCCAUACUGCUUUUAACAUGACUGUGGUGUUUCUAUUUCAUGUUCAUAUUUUUGUUUUUUUAUUUAAUAUGAAUAGAUGCUUGGGGGAUACGGGAGCAGUUGAAAUUAUAGGACUUUCUUUACUGAAAGCCUUAAAGUCUGUGUUAUGCAAUGUAGUAUUAAUGUAUAGGACGUGAUUUGGUCAUACUUGUUCCCCUAUUCCCCACUGUACCUAUCAACCCUGGUUUAUAUGUUUGAGUAUUUCUGAACAAUGUUUUUAUCCGAGAGGGACAUAUUUAUAGUUGUUUUAUUUGACUAAAAAUCCCACAUUUCAAGAUGUUGAUGGCAGCAAUUUGUUAUGUGAAACAGAAGCAUUUAUUUUAUCCUUACAUAUUUCGUCUCAUACAGGAUAUGAAGAUAGAAGGCACUGUUAUUUAAAUCAUGAGUUCCAGUAAACCCUUUGUAUGUGUUAUGAUUUUAGUUCAUAUGGGUCACCAAAAUUGUUUCCUUGUGUAUCCUAAAACUGACCACGGUUUUGUGUAAAAAAAUACUGUUCCAAUUAUUCAACCACUGCAGGUUUGUUCAUGCACAAGUUAUAAUUUUAUUGAAAAAACCUUCAUGCGUAAUUCAGCUUGGCAUUCAUUAAACAACAAACAUCUAUCAUGGCUGAGUACCACUGAUGUUUUUCAAGACUUUAACAUGAACACAUACUAGUACACUUUCUGUAGCAGGAUAGGUUAUGCAACUUAUCUGAAUAUUUCUUUUGCCUCUCCACCUGUAUGAGAACUUAAAGCUUUUAGGAUUGUACAGUUUCUAUCAUCUGAGAAUGAAGAAAACUUUAAGGUGUGUGCAUGCAUGCUUGAGACUUAAGUGUAUGUAUAUAUUUGCAAAGAUUCCUCCACGAAAACUCAUCUUUUAACAGUUUCCAAAUUUUGUAUGCCAGUGUGAAUAGCCUAUGUUUUAUACAGUGUGUAAAUAUUUUAUAUUGUGAAUAAAAUCAAGCAAAAACAAACAUUAGUCAGGAAUCAUGUAUGAUUUAUAAUUGCAGUUUAACUGUCUUGAGCAGGAAAUUCAUACGAUACCAUUUCAGUUUGACUGACAUUUUUAAUACGAGGUACAGAGGUUGAAUAGGACUUUUAGGAUCAUUUUAUCCCAUUCAUACAUAUGUUUUAUCUCAUCGAUGGUUUCUAUAUAACUUAACUAUUUGUAAAGACCAACGUGUACCUGAUUGUAUGUGUUGUGCCCACCCACUGUAGAUACAAGUGGCACACUCUAGAUGUGUACAGUUAGGUGGCUCUGAUAAUAAAAGAGGUAUUUUUAUCAGCUCAAA